AUGAAGAAAGUGACGGCGGCCCUCCCAUCUUGGGACACGACCAAGACCCAGAGCAAGAAGGGUUUCGAUAAAGUCUGGUCUUGGGCAGAUAAGCUCGGGGCCCCUGUAAAUAGACUGUCAAAUCGUGUUGGCAGCGAAGCGUUCUGGCCCACGACUCUCGACAAAGAAAGCGACAAGGCUGCUAGAAUUUUGAGGUCAUUUUGCAAGGAUGGAUUUUAUACCGAGGAACCAGCACCGCCAUCCGAGGAAGCGGGCCCAAAGAAGGCACAGAAAGUCCUGAAGAAGAUCCCCCAAAAGGUUAUCGAGAACGCCGUCGGCCUCGCCAUCUUCACUACGAUGCGCACUGGACUCUGGAUCUCCGGUGCCGGCGGCUCCGGCGUUUUGGUUGCCAGGACCGAAGAUGGGUCUUGGUCAGCACCAUCAGGUAUCAUGCUGCAUACGGCCGGAUUGGGCUUCCUUUUAGGUGUAGAUAUCUACGACUGCGUGCUCGUCAUAAACAACCCAAAGGCUCUGCAAGCUUUCACCAAGAUCCGAGCAACCCUGGGAGGCGAAAUUAGCGCUGUCGCUGGCCCGGUCGGAAUGGGUGGUGUUUUGGAGAACGACGGCAAGUGGAAGGAAGCGAACAGGCCUGUGUUCACCUAUCUCAAAUCGCGAGGCUUCUACGCUGGUGUCCAGGUCGACGGCACAGUUGUCAUUGAGCGUAGCGACGAGAACAAGCGCUUUUACGGGGAGGAAAUUGGGGUUUCGGACAUCUUGGCGGGCAAGGUCCGUCAUCCGCCAGCAAGCAUCAAGCGAUUGAUGGAGACUUUGAAGGCUGCAGAAGGCCGCACGGAUGUGGACAGUGAGAUUCUUGGAGAUGUAGACCAGGAGCCCGCCCCGAGCGACGUGCCUCUUGAGGCCUCGGAGAAUGGCAAGAUCUUCGGCAUCCCGGAGCCGGAUGAUGCGGAUCCGUAUGGUGUCAUGGCGCUUGAGAAAGAAGGGCUCGAGAUAUUGGAAGCUGGCACCGGCUCCAGACCGGCGAGCCAGCAGUUUGAAUUCAAUCCCAGCCCCACGAGUCCUAUCUUCAACACAUAUCAUCGAAAGAGCAUGGAGUCUCCUUCCCCAACACGAGGAACGCCGCCUCGCAUAGGAUGGGAUCAUGGCGAAACUCGGCCGCGGACUAUGUCGGAUGCCGCGACGCAGACCGAUGAAGAUUACGCAGGAUACAGCCAGAAU